CGAGCACGAUUAAGCACGGCAAGAUCGUCCACAAUCUCUCGUAAUUCGCGCAAAAUUUAAAGCUCAAUUUAUCGGGUCUCUCUUUAUCUGUUGUUGAAGUUAUCGGGCCAGGAUGCGGCGGAGAUUCGUCUCCGUCUUGCCGUUUGUGGUUUCGGCGCUGUGUUUGACAGCGGACGAGAUCGAGGCCCAGAGGAGCGGCUGGAAUCUAAAUCCCAACACGCAGUAUCAUAUUCAGACCGAUGAGGGCCCGGAGAGGUUCUUUCGCUUUCAGACAUCGAACGGUCAGUACAGAAAAGAAAAGAGAUUGGCUGAUGGCACGGUGAUCGGAACGGAAGGCUGGCUAGACCCUCUCGGAUAUUUGAGACUGAAGGAUUAUAUCGCGGAUCACGAGGGAUUCCGGAUACUAAGAUCAAAGAUGGUCUAUGUGGGUAAGGAUCGACCUAUCCAGGACGCAGUGGCGGAAACAAAGAAGGUUCCGGCACAAACUGGAGUUCUGGCCAGACCCAGAAGACCGCCCAAUCCUUUCAGACGACCAGAUCCCAAUACCAUUGUACCGUUAUCCGAGAAUGACAUUACUUCCGGUUAUUACACUCCGACGACCAUCAGACCACGACCGAUCUACUCAUCGAUUUCGGGGAACAAUUAUUAUUCGAAUCGAUCAGGUUUCUCUUCUGGAUCUGGAUUGCAGAACCUGAAUACUUAUCAGCGACCACAGACUUCUUACUAUCGCGGAUCAGUCGCUCGGCCACCGACUCAGCUUCUCGAAGCUCCCUACGAUCCCGCUAUCGAUGGCUCCUCUAGCAGACCGAGCUAUCAUGCUCCAAUUUCUCGGAGCGAUUCGGCCGAUUUCCCGCCUUACGAUGGCACUUAUACCACGGCGAACGGUUUCCAAUAUUACCUAAGGAGGCAAUAUCACGAGGAGGAACGAGAGCCCGAUGGCAAUAACAUUGGUUCGUUCGGCUACAUCGAUCCAUUCGGUAUCAGACGGGUGAUUUAUUACAAGACGGAUCCACUCACUGGCGAAUUCCUUCACAAGAAGAACAAUCGAUACGUCGGCUUCAAUGCAACGCCGUAUGAUCCGCUUCCGCCCGAUGUAUCCAGGACACGCGUCUCGAGAGCCUCUUCGACGAGAGCCCCCUCGUCGUAAUAGUUCCCUCGUUGUUCAUCGCUUUGCCACGUUGUAGCACGACGUUUAUCUCGAGGAGCUCAUCAUAUCCGAUACCGCAUCAACGCUGGAUUUCACCAACGCUGGACGGCCUCGGUUCGAUUCGAUGAUCUCGAUGGCGAGACCGUUCAUCGGAUUGAACUGCCGCCUAUUGUCGAUGUUCUCUGAAGAAAUUCUCGUUGGUUGCCGAUUUUCCGGCCGCGAUAGAAUCGACGAAUGUUGAAGGGAGAAAGAACGAUAAAUAGAGUCUCUUGAAUAGACAUAAGGACACUCUAUAUUCCAUAGGAAAGAAUAAUGUUCCUCGACAGAGAAUUCUCGUUCAUCAACGUUGCUUAUACAACAUUUUUCGAAGUGCCACGAUUUUUUUUUUCUGAUGUACGACUCCGUUGUGUCAUCGUUGCCAACGGUUGCCAGUAUUAUCCGAAAUAAUAUAGAGUUACGAGGAAUGCAAGGACCGAUGGAAUCAGGAGACGAUCGAGAUGCAGUGCGGAAAAAAAUUUAAUAAAGAGAAGAAAGUAUAUAAGCUUACAUAAAGAAGCGAGAUAUAAACACAAAGACUUAUCGAGACGGUGACAGCUCAUCGCUUCCUGAUUCAUCGUCCUGCUAUUGUUGCGUUAUUAUCGCGAGCAGAUGAUCGGAUACCGCAAAGAGACGACGUUAGAUGCCAUGCUGGACUAGAUUUAGUUUUCAGGGAAGCGCGGUGGGACUUCCUUGAAAGAAAGAAAACUGUAAAAUCGUCUCGGACAAUGUUCGCCAAGUUUUCCAGUUACGUCAUCGAUCUAUGAAGCGUGCGAAGACUCUCGGUCACCAUUGUCUCGUGCAUGCUUCAUACGCGUAAGCUUCAAUAACCUACAUUUUCAAACCAAAAGAUACUUUAGAAAGUUUAUUCUCAUUCUUACAAGACCUUGUUAAAGUGGUACAACUUUUCAUGGCAAGAUUAAGGGAAAUCUUUUGUUCGAAUUGAUUGUCUUUAGAUGUAAAUUCCUACAUAUCUCUGCGCAAUCUUUAUUUUUCUUUUAUCUUUUUUCCACUGUUGGCGAAUAUUGAACUACGAUAGAAGAAGAGAUUCCACCUAACGAAUCAAAAUAGAAUAG